ACAGCCGAUUGCGUGCAUAACAACAAAAAUGGCCGGCGAUCAAGGAGCUAAGAUUUGGGUUGUCGUGAAUCGGAUUGAUUUGGGCGGUACUCCUUCCUUUGAGCGCCAGGCUGCAAGUUCCAUACAACUAACUCAGAAUGCUAGCUCUGGUGAAGUCCAACACGCAGUCCGGAAAGCUUUAGAACUACAGGGUGAAAACCUUGUACUCAAGUUGAGGAACAGUCGCGGUUCACUUAUUCCAGUCAACAGUCAUAUCGUUCCGAACUCCAAAUUUAUGCCAUAUACGCUUGAAGUUGUGCAGAGAUAUCAGAAUGUGAAACCCAUGCCACGCUCAGUGAAAUUAAACGGCUUCAGUGACGUGACUAGAGUAAGACUACAAAAGAUUAUCAAAAGAAUUGAGCAAUUAGAGGAAAAUGUUCCUGAGUUGAGGAAUCGCAGAGAGGAUAAAAUUACAAAGGAAAUGGAUUAUCUGAAUGAGAAGAUGAGGUUUUUGAAUAAGCGGAUGCAAGAAGCGGAGAGUCUUAAGUGGAAAGGAAUGUUUAAGAGACAUCCGCUAUGGUGAAGAAGGGGACGUCAACAUUUAGAUCCGUGUCCGAAAUUGUGACUUCGCGUUAAGUGUCUUGCUUAAAGGGACAUGUUGCCUUGGAUCGGGCGAGUUCGUCUUUGAGUGGCGUUUGUUAUGAAAU